AUGAGAAAUGGAAUAAAUAUUUUAUCUUAUCCACGAUUUUUGUCGUUUUGUGAGGUCUUUGUUCUGCUCUUGUGUAACUUCAGCGAUAACCCAAAGUUGCAGACUUUUACUCAAAUGCUAAACUCUCUCUUCCUCUCGGCGCGAGCUUUUCCAUCUUUGAUCACUAACUCUUCCUCUCGGCGCGCCAAAAGUUCCCAAUUUGAUCAGUUUAGGGAAAACAGAGGAGUCUCUGAUGCUGCGAUUAAGGUUCCUACUGCUCCAUGGAUGAAAGGUCCUCUCUUGCUUCGACCCGAUGAGAUUCUCGACACUAAGAAGAGAAACAAGCCACGGAAAGUUGAAGAGAAGACGUUCAAGGCGUUGAAUCGUAGAGAGAGUGGUGUCAGAGGAAAGAAAGCGAUGAAGAAGAUCGUGCGUAACGUUGAAAAGCUCGAUGAAGAUAGUGAUUCUGAAGAAACCCAGAUGGAUGAUUUGAGCGAAUUCGAGUAUUUAGGUCGAAUUGAGGAGAAAGUUGAGUCCAAGGAUAGAUUUGGCGGGAAAAUGCCAUGGGAGAGAGAAGAAGAGAGGUUUAUAUUAAGGAGGAUGAAGAAGGAGAGCGUUCCGACUACUGCUGAGCUUAUUCUUGACGAGGGAUUGUUGAAUAGACUGAGACGUGAAGCUUCGAAGAUGAGAAAAUGGGUGAAUGUGAGGAAAGCAGGUGUUACUGAGUUAGUUGUGAAUAAGAUUAAAUCGAUGUGGAAGUUGAAUGAGCUUGCUAUGGUGAGAUUUGAUGUUCCUCUGUGUCGAAACAUGGAGCGAGCUCAAGAGAUUAUAGAGAUGAAGACUGGAGGCUUGGUUGUGUUAAGCAAGAAGGAGUUUUUAGUUGUUUAUCGAGGAGGACCGAGUUAUUCAUCAGAGGGACAAGAUGAGAUUAGCUCAUCAUUGUACGAGAGAGAAGCUGAUAGGUUACUGGAUGGUUUGGGACCUAGAUAUAUGGAUUGGUGGAUGAGAAGACCGUUUCCCGUUGAUGCUGACUUGCUUCCUGAAGUUGUUAAUGGAUAUAUGACUCCAUCUAGACGUUGUCCACCAAACACUAGAGCUAAGCUAACCGAUGAAGAGCUUACCUACUUGAGAAACAUUGCUCAACCUUUACCGUUUCAUUUCGUCCUUGGGAGGAACUAUGGGCUUCAAGGUUUAGCUUCCGCUAUCGUGAAACUAUGGGAGAAAUGUAUUAUUGCAAAGAUUGCAAUCAAAUGGGGAGCUCUCAAUACAAACAAUGAGGAAAUGGCAGAUGAAUUGAGGUAUCUCACUGGCGGUGUUCUGAUUCUACGCAACAAAUACUUGAUAGUACUAUACAGAGGCAAGGACUUCCUUUCUGAUGAGGUCGCGGAUUUGGUUGAGGACAGAGAGAGAUUACUCAGCAGAUACCAACAUUUUGAAGAAACUAAACGCGAGAGCGAUAUAGAACUCUUGGAGGUGGUAACAAAUGGUAAACAGUUGAAGGAAACAAACAAAAGUGGAACUUUAUUAGAGUUUCAAGAACUGCAAAGAAAAUUCGGAGAAAUGGACCCGAGAAACCUAGAGACUGAAGCUGAGAAAGCAAGACUAGAGAAGGAACUCAAAAGCCAAGAACACAAGCUUUCCAUAGUAAGUCUUUUUUAGCUUCAUUGCAUCUUUUAAAAUUUCGCUAAGGUAAUAUAAGUUCCAUGGAUUUGUUAUUUUCGGGUUUUGUUUGCAGCUAAAAUCAAAGAUAGAGAAAUCAAAUAUGGAGUUGUUUAAAUUAAAUUCUUUGUGGAAACCAUCGGAGGGAGAUGAUGACAUCGAGAUAUUGACUAAUGAAGAAAGAGAAUGCUUGAGAAGAAUAGGGCUGAAGAUGAACAGCAGCUUAGUUCUUGGUAGAAGAGGAGUCUUUUUUGGUGUAAUGGAAGGUCUACAUCAGCAUUGGAAGCACAGGGAAGUAGCAAAAGUGAUCACGAUGCAGAAGCUUUUCUCCAGAGUUGUCUACACAGCAAAAGCGCUUGAAACAGAGAGCAAUGGAGUACUAAUCUCAAUCGAAAAACUUAAAGAAGGGCACGCCAUACUCAUAUACCGUGGCAAGAACUACAAACGUCCUUCAUCGAAACUGAUGGCACAGAAUCUUUUGACGAAAAGAAAAGCAUUGCAACGAUCUGUUGUGAUGCAGCGACUCGGCUCACUGAAGUUCUUUGCUUACCAGAGAGAGAGAGCAAUAGAAGAUUUGAAGGUGAGUUUGGUAAAUCUUCAAGACUCUGCUUUCUGAGUUCUGUUGAUCCCAAAUGGUUUGCAAGGAAGAGCUGAAAAAAGUUUACCUACCAAAGCAAAUUUAUUUACUUAACUUGAUCACACAUUCUUUUUCUUUUACUGUGGUAUAUGAUUCACAUUUUCUGAUUACCUGAUUAUUAUGUAUAUAAAUUCACAUUUUCUUAAUUAAAUAUAUAACCAAAUUUGUUAGCUUUGCUAAUAA